CUCCCGCUCCAUGUCUUGGAACAUGUAGUUCUUCGCAGAUGGAUCUACAUAUGAACUACACAUCCCUACACCCGUGUUAGUUACCAUAGCAGCGAGAGUUUAAUUUGUGUUCCGCCAUGGCUAUCAGUCCGUCUAGAGUUUUCGCUGCUUUAUUACCCACCGCGGGAGAUAUUUACCGGGACGAAAACGAACCAGGGAUGGGGGAACACACGGUUACCGUUCAGCGAACCCAGAACAGCGCGCGAGAGGUCCAGGUGACUGGGAGCGCAGAGGUCUCGUGCCCAGCCGACCGCGCUACUGUUUCCGUUAGUUUCAAAAACAGCAAGGAGUCGGUGAACGACGUCACCAACAGCAUCUCGAGGAGAGUAGAGUACAUUCUACAGACCCUGAGACAACACCAUGUCAAGGGGGAAGAGUUGACAGUGACGAGACACAUCUACAGAGCUGAUGACCUGUACCACAUGGAGGCUCUGGUGAUGGUGGUGUUCUCAGACUUUGGUCAGAUGGAGAGAGUGUGUAUUGUUCUGUUGGAGAAGCUGGAUAAGAGUGUGUGUGUCAGCACACCUCACUUCUACCACAGUGAAGAGUGUCUCGGCCUAUUGAGGCGGAGCGUGUGUGUAGCAGCAGUAGAGAAUGCUCGUCUGAAGGCGUCGGAGAUGAGCAGCAUGCUGGGACAGACUCUGGGGCACCCCCUACUGGUCAGAGAGGAAGAGGCCACGGAGAGAUAUGGAGGGAGAGAAGGAGGAGAGGGGAGGAUGGGGGAGGGGGUACACAGGCCUAGCAUCAGUGCGACCUCUCGUGUGUUUGUCACUUUUAACCUCCGACACAAAGACAGAACCAGGAAGAAGAUUUGAAGACUACAUUACCCAUCUACCCCAUCAGCACAGUGCAAACACACACUCCCACACCAUCACACUGUAGAUAUGAAGACAAAGACGAGGAUGGACAGUCAAUUGUUUUGUUUAGAAUAAUAUUUAUUUAAGCUUUUCCUCAAAGCUUCUGUCCAUAAACAUGAAUGUCAAUAAAUUUUGUAAAUGUG